AAAUGGAGUGAUUUCCAUUACGAGAUCCCGGAGGCCACGAUUGCGGAGAUUAUUGAAAUGGAUGACACGCUGGAUGGUGAUGACUUAAACCUUGAUGUCUGAACGGUUUUCACACUUGGAACGGCUUGAACAGUUUAGCUAGUCUCCUUUGCAGCCUUCUUUUUCUGAAGGGCACAGGAAACCCGAACCAAAACAGCUUGCAAAGUAGACUAGAGUUUAGCCGGCUGACUAACUGAAGCAAUCAAAUUCUUUUAAGGAUUCCUAAGAGUUGCAACUCACAAUUAAGAUCUCUCAUUUUUUUUUUUUUUUGUCUCGAGUAAUUUUUUGUGUGAUUAUUUUUAAAUUUCAGCCGCAAAAAAAUUUUGUUUGAAAGCACACUAUUCAAUAAUGUAAUAGUAGGUACUUAAUUGGUCUACUUCCAAUAAAGGUCAAUGAAUUCAUUUAGCGGGAGUUGACUAACGAAACUUUACUUUGUUGAUGACUUACCUGACUUAACUUGUUCCUUAUCUCUUUCGAUUCCCAUUUCUUUAUUUCUGUGCUUCCUUCUUUUAUAAACUUUGCAGCUUACAAAUCACAGGCCCAUGUGAUGUGAUGACAUGAAAGUAUUGUAUAAAAAUGUUUUCAAUUUUCUAAAAUAGCUAGCCCGACUUCACGCUCUAAGAGCGUCUAGUGUCUUCAUAGUUGCGGUUUCCCUGUGGAAUCGGACAGCUUGUAAUCAAAGAUGGUGGACUAAAGAAGGAUCGCAGAUGGACCCGUGGAAGGGCAAUGUAAAAUGUGUUGCAUCAUGUGAAUGCACAAAUGAAAACCUUUGUUGUAAUUAUACUUAUAUUAGAGUGUUUAUUUUUAUUCUUAUGAACUUUAAAGUCAAGUGCUACUAAUUAUAUAAAACGACCAAAAGCCAUCAAACUUUAUAGAAGCUGAACUCAUUCCACAAGGAAUGGAAAGAACAUCAAGGAAAUUCUGUAACUUAUAUUACAAAAAGUUAGCUGACAAGAUUCUAAGAAGCUAAAGAAAUCACGAGCUAGCUAAUAUGGCGACUGGCGUCACUUCCCCAUCAUCAUUUUCAGCCAGAGAAAAGACAAAUUUCAUUAGGUUGUCAAGGCUACUGAUUGAUGUUGGAAGACGUGUGUUCCAAGAUGUCUUUGAUUCUAUGCAUCCACCUUCCACUCUCCAUGCAGUCCUCAAUUCUAUUCCUGUUAAAAACAAGCUGCUUAGGCUUCAAUCCUGCAAAGUUCUUCAUACACAACAAUGGAAUCUGCUUUACCCUACCUCAGGCAUAGCACAGUCAAAAGACUUUGAUAUUACUCUGCUUUUCCUCCUGUUAAGGAACUUCUGUGGUCUAAGAAUUCCUUCAAGAGGAUGGGAUAGUGAACCAACACCAACAAAUCUAACUAUGGAAGAUGAUCUGGUUAGGAUAAAACUUUGUCGUAACAUGAUUUAUGCUCACAUUGUAGAGAUGGCUUUGACUGAUGAUGAAUUUGAAAGUUACUGGGACAAGAUUGAGGCAGCUUUGAACAGACUUGGAAAGUCUAAGUAUAAAACACAGAUUGAACAUCUCAAGUUUACAUCAAUAGAUCACGAGAUGAACAACUGUUAUCAUGCGCUUGUACAGUCUUGGGAGGAGAUGAAAUGCAAUGCCAAUCAACAAGAAUAUACAAUGAUUAUCAGAGGUAUCAUCAAGACAUUAACAGCUGGAGGGACAAUCUUGGCUUGGACUGCAGGAAGUGCUUACUUCUUAAUGCGUUACAGAGAAGACCCUGAAACAGUGAUACGUCUCGUACGAGAAGCAAUUGUACCUAGUGGUUUUGCAACCAGUGCAAUUGUGUAUGCGUUAUUGCCAGGCUCUUUCAAAAUACUUGUAGAGAUUAACUCUGAUGCCUUAGAUUACAUAUCAAGAAGCCUCAAUGAUGGAAGCUUAAGAAAGAAUCUGGAAAACGUUAUCGUUACCGAUAAAUUAUGUCAUCUGGCGCCAGAUGGUACUAAGAAAGUGCUGCUUUCAGUAGUUUCUUUGGAAGUUUUGCUCGAAAGUCACACAAGCAACGAGCAAAAGAAAGACUUAGAGCUUCGUGAAUAUCAGAAAGAGCUAGCACGUCCAGCCAUGGAGGGAAGGAAUGCCAUCAUCUGUGCUCCAACUAAUAGUGGAAAGACCUUUGUUGCUAUGGCGAUAGCUAAACACCAUCUUGUACAGUUUUCAAAGAAAGAUGAUAGCGAAGAAUUGGGUGCAGCCGCUGCCACAAAAAGCACAAGUAAUGGAAAGCCAAAAGUAAUUUUCAUCGUCAGUAACCUGGUGCUACAGCAGAGGAGCCGAUUCGAAGAAUACCUCACAAACUACAGCAUUUCCGAUAUAUCGGGCAGUAACUCCACAGAAAUCCCCCUUGACUUCCUCCUCAAAACCCAUGACGUCAUUGUAUUGACUGCUCAGAUACUGUUGAAUGCCCUGCAGAAAGGCUCAGUCAAGAUUUCCCAGAUUACUUUGCUGGUGUUUGACGAGUGUCAUCACACAAACAAGGAUCAUAAUUACAACAAGAUCAUGCAGAAUUACAUGGCGUUAAAGUAUCAGAGCGAUCCGAACAUAAAACUACCACAGAUCGUUGGCCUGACUGCAUCUUUUGGGACAAGAAGAUCUAACACAACUCAAAAUACUCAGAACUACAUCUUACAGAUAUGUGCCAACAUGGACGCAUCGUGCAUCAGCACCGUGAGAACGAAUCUGAAGGAAUUGAAGAAGAACGUUACCGGAGGUGUACCAAGACGCAAACUGGAAAAGGUUGACCAGCAACCCAACGUUUUUGAAAACGUCAUUGUCCAGGUAAUGGAAAAGAUUGAAAUUGCUGCACAAACGGUGUCCCCGACCUCAAUAGUUACAAGUAUACCGCCUGCUGACAGAGUUGGUCAGCAGUAUCGCCAAUGGGUGGAAGGCAUUGAAAAAGAAGCGAUAAGCAAGGCAUUACGUGAUCUGUCUACGUAUGCAAAGCACCUUAAAAGAUACCAUAUAGCUCUACUAAUCAACGACACAGUCCGUACGAAAGACGCCAUUCAGUAUCUUCAAGAAUUCUUUGACAACCUUGACCAAGGCAAGUUCCUAUCAUCGGACAAAAAGCUACAGGAACUGUUCGAGAAAGCUAUAAAUGGCAUCAAAUCCCGCAUAGAAAAAACUGAACCAAAGAAUCCAAAAUUGGAAAAGUUGAAAGAGUUGAUCUUGAAAUUUUACGAAGAAGACAAAGUCAAAGAUCGAAAGGGCGAGACUAAAGGUAUCUUGUUCACAAAGACCAGAGAUUCCACGAAAGGUUUGAUGGGAUGGAUACAAGAAACAGACGAACUCAAGUCA